CUCCUGCAUCCCAACCCCUUACCCAAAGCUCCCUUCUUCUCCCAAUGUCCAUCCCAUAUGCUGUAUUUCCUGCUUGAUAUCUUGGAAGAGUGCAGCUCUCAACCACUUUCCAAAAUCUUGGAGUGCCCUCCCCCUCCCGCAAUCAAAAUGAAUUGCCCACCCCUGGUCUAGUGGAUACAGUUCAGUGAGAAUCAAUGACUGAAAGCUGCAGCCGAAGAAUUUCAGGCUACAGAAAUUUCAGGCUUACUUUUUGAUGGGUAAGAGGAUUAACUGCUGAAACAAAUGAGCAAAGUUCUCCAUCUCUUGAUGUCUUGAUGUCUUCCAAUCAACACUAGGCAACUUUCUGGAAAACAUGCUGUGGGGAAACAGCUUAGUGCCUGGGUAGCUGGGCUAAGUGUAAUGGCUUGUGCCGCAAAGGGGACAGACUGCAUGGCUAAAGAUAUCUUCUGAUGCCAUGAAUCCAUGAAUUUUAAGGUCUUAUCCUGCAAACACUCUCUGUGUUUAAUAAGUAUCUGAAUGGUGGUGGUAAUUUCACUGACUCUGUUGUGAAAAGGCUUUAUAUCAUCUUUGUCAGAUGAGAGAGCAAAGUUUGUGCUGCAAAUCCAUGAAUGAAGACUAAGGGUUUUAAAUACAGCAGCCUGCAUUUAGCCUAUGUCCAUGUUCAGGCAGAUGAAUAUGUGGCUUAUCAGAAACGCUGGGUGCUGAGAACUAAAUCCCAUUGUUGCAGAUGCAGUAAUGUAAUUCAAGUCAGGUACAGAGAGAAAUGAAUGUGGAUUUGGGAUCUAACUCCUGUUCAUGGAAUAUCUAGACUAAAGCUUUUGCCCACAAUGGCAGAAUCUAGCACAUGUGUCACCAGGGACAGAGUCUGGGUGGAAUUGGGGUGUGGAAAGGAUUAAAGCCCCCUCUGAAAUGUUUCCGAUUCCCCUUCUCCCCGCCAGGCUGCAGAACACCCAUGUCUGACUCCAGCUCAGCCCCUGACCUGCAGAGCCAGGGACAGGAAAUGGCCGUGCCGGAGCCGGUGAACUUCGAGGAGGUGGCUGUGUAUUUCUCUGAGGAGGAAUGGGCUCUGCUGGACCCGGGCCAAAGAGCCCUAUACAGGGAUGUGAUGCAGGAGAACUAUGAGGCUGUGAGCUGGCUGGCAGGUGAUAAGAUGCUGAAUGAGAACAGUGAGAGGAGUCUUCAGGAGGAAGGACCUGAGCGAAUGGCUCCAUGUGGGAUGUUAGUGGGAAGAUCUGAAUGGCAUGUUUCUCAGAGUCCUGUGCAAGAGGAAACCUGUAUGAGUCAGCAUAGCCUACAAAGGCAGCAGGGAAACCAUCCAGGAGUGGGACAGGAUAAAUCCAGUCACAGGAGGAGAAGGUUGAAAACAAACACAGAAACUGUUCAAAAGAAAAUCCCUCAUCAACAUUCACCUUGUGCUUGCAGUGACUGUGCAACAAGGCAGCAGGGAAACCAUCUAGGAGCAGGACAGGAUAAAUCCAGUCACAGGAGCAGAAGGUUGAAAACAAACACAGAAACUGUUCAAAAGAAAAUCCAUCAACAUUCACCUUGUUCUUGCAGUGACUGUGCAACUCUUAUUAAACAUGGAAGAGCCCAAACAGGAGAGAAACCCUUCAGCUGCUCUAACUGUGGGAAAAGCGUCAGUCACAAGUCACAACUUGUUAUCCAUAAGAGAGACCACACAGGGGAGAAACCCUUGAGCUGCUCUGACUGUGGGAAAAGCUUCAAUCACAAGUCACAACUUGUUAUCCAUAAGAGAGACCACACAGGGGAGAAACCCUUAAGCUGCUCUGACUGUGGGAAAAGAUUCAAUCACCGGUCAGAACUUGUUAGACAUAAAAGAGUUCACACGGGAGAGAAACCCUUCAGCUGCUCUGACUGUGGGAAAAGCUUCAGUCGGCAGUCAUACCUUGUUAUCCAUAGGAGAGUUCACACGGGAGAGAAACCCUUCAGCUGCUCUGACUGUGGGAAAAGCUUCAAUCGGCGGUCAAACCUCGUUACCCAUAGGAGAACCCACACAGGAGAGAAACCCUUCAGCUGCUCUGACUGUGGGAAAAGCUUCAGUGACAAGUCACAGCUUGUUAUCCAUAGGAGAGCCCACACAGGAGAGAAACCCUUCAGCUGCUUUGACUGUGGGAAAAGCUUCCGUCACAGGUCAUACCUUGUUAUCCAUAGGAGAGCCCACACAGGAGAGAAACCCUUCAAUUGCUCUGACUGUGGGAAAAGAUUCAGUGACCGGUCACAGCUUGUUAUGCAUAGGAGAGUUCACACGGGAGAGAAACCCUUCAGCUGCUCUGAUUGUGGGAAAAACUUCAGUCAGAGCUCAACCCUUGUUAGCCAUAGGAGAGCCCACACAGGAGAGAAACCCUUCAGUUGCUCUGACUGUGGGAAAAGCUUCAGUCACAGGUCACAUCUUGUUAGACAUGUGAGAGCCCACACAGGGGAGAAACCCUUCAGCUGCUCUGACUGUGGGAAAAGCUUCAGUCAGACCUCAAUCCUUGUUAGACAUAGGAAAACCCAUAUGAAAGAAGCUAUUCACCUACACUCACACUAGGAAAUGGUGCAGUCAGAGGUCACACCUUGUUGUCCAUGAGAACUCUCACAGGAGAGAAAUCCUUUAACUGCUCUGACUUUGGGAAAUGCUAUACCUAGAGGUCAAGCCUUGUUGCAUAUAAUUGAUCCCACACAGGUAAGAAACCCUAUAGUGGGGGUGAGCAAAAUUUUCUCUGUUGGCAGACUCCAGCCUUCCUAAGACAUUGAUCCUGUCCACAAGGCAGUGCCAGGCCCCACCUCCAAAUGAAGAUGUACUGAGGGGGAAGGAGCUAAGUCCCACCCCAUCUUCAUGCCUUGUAGCCACUAGGGAGGAGGUAGCGCUAGGCUGAGUCUUUGCCACCCAACCUGAGGCCGGCACUAGAGGCACUGAGCCACUGCACUGCUGGCCUCAAGGUCCUCAUGGCCAUGUCAGGGGUGCCUCUGGUGCUUUUUCUUGGCUGCGUGGCUGCAGCAGCACCUCUAGCCCUGGACUGAAUGGGUGCAGUAGUGGUGCCGCUGGUGUCCAGGGCUGGUCCUAGUCUGUGUGGUUGCUGCUGCAGCAGAAG